CUUAGCCACGCACGCAUAACUAGACCUGGGGUGGUCGUCCAACCCUUUUCAUCGCCUUCUUUUCUGGAUGGCGAUAUGUUCUUCAUCAUCUUCUGGACGACCACCCAAUCAUUCCUUCAACAACAUUAUCCUAACUUGUGAUGUUUUGAAGGGCUAGAGGCGGCAUCAAGUUUCGCUCACACUGCCGCCCCUGGUCCACUCAAGAAAGAGUGAGCCCAUCAAUACAAGCCCAGCCCAUCACUUCCUGUAGAGACAAGUCAGCCAGCCGAGCCGCCUCUCCUUCCGGAGUCCACCCAACCCACCAACCCGCCGGGCUCUUGGAUUCCCACCGCGGCGCCCCACCUUUUCCUCCGCCCUCGCCGCGCGGCGCGUGUCACGCCCAGCCGCCAUGGCGAUCGACCACGACUCCCCCUGCAAGGAGCUCCUCCCCAAGGACCGCCGCAGCAUGGAUGAUGACGGCCCUGAGCCGGAGGAGGAGGUUGAGGAGGACGAGAAGUCUGCGGAGGUGGAGGAGGAGGAGGUCGAGGAGUCUGCGGAGGCGGAGGAGCAGGAGCAGGUGGUGUCCGCGGACGGCGAGCGGUGGCCCCGGUGGCUGCGCCCCAUGAUGUCGGCGCGGUUCUACACGCCGUGCAAGACGCACCCUGACUCGCGCCGCGGCGGCGUGCGCGCCAUGUUCUGCCUCGACUGCGCCGACGUCGCCGGCGCGCUCUGCUCGCUGUGCGCCGACCAGGGCCACCGCGGCCACCACGUCAUCCGGGUCCGCCGCUCCACCUACAGCAGCGUGCUCAUCGUGGCGGACGUGCGGGGGCUCCUGGACGUGGACGGCGUGCAGACCUACGUCAUCAACGGCGCGCGCGUCGUCUUCCUCAGGGAGCGCGGCCCGCAGCAGAGGCACGCCCGCAGCGCCUGGAGCUUCGUCAACCAGUGCGGCUGCGGCCGCGGCCUGCUCGAGGCCUUCCGCUUCUGCUCGCUCAGCUGCAAGUUCCCCGGCUGCCGCCACGACGGCAACGCCUCCUCCUCGCCUCCCUCCCCGCCGCGCAAUGCCGCCGACCAGGCCUCGACGCCACCACCGCCGCCGCAGCCUGCACACCGGCGCAAGGGCAUCCCGCACCGGGCACCGUUCGGCAACCUCGCCGUCUGACUCCAGCCAGGGUUGCAGUGAAGUUUUGACAGGGAGAAGAGAUUACUAGUAGCCUUUGCCAUCAUUAGGACAGAAAAUCUUCUGCAGCUAAGUUAUGCAGAUGAUCCUGCUCUGCUACUUCUAGUCUUCAACUUCUGGUAAUUGUUCUUAACUUUUUGGUAGAUGUCCUGAGAAUUUUUUGGAUGUCAUGAGAAACUAGUCUAAUAGUAUGACCAGCCAGGUAACAAUGGAAUAGUUUUGAGUCUUGAUUGCUGCUAGUUGCAGCUGAUCUGUGUGUAAAUAUGGUUGCAGGCUGCAAGAUGGGGGGAUUGGGGAUGGGAGCAUGCUUGCUAAUUGAAUUCAGCUAUGUGCUUCCUGACUGUUUUUUUUUUUGCUAAA